AUGGUGAUCCCUUCAACAAGAAAUGCCAAACCUGAAGUACCCAUUAAAGCUCUGUUUUUACUCCUAGUGUUUCUAUUUCUUCUUCUGAUACAAGAAGCUAAAUGCAAGAAGAUCCCACCACCGCAAUGGACUUUCACAGAACAACACGACAAGUUCUUGAACACCAUUGCGGUUCGGUCGAAGGCGGAGGUGAACAGCGUCGCUCCGGGAAGCAUCAGCAGUGUGAAGAUGGUGGAUGGGAGGGUGUUCUAUCCGAUUGGGUAUGGAGCAGACCCGAGUGGGGAGAAGGACAGCAGUGAUGCCAUUUUGGAUGCUAUGAAGGAUGCGUUUCAGGUUGGGGCGGGUGGGUCGGUGUUGCUUCCUGGGGUCUGUGAUCUUGGUGGUGUAGUCAUUGAUUUCCAAGGUGGCAACUACUCUAUUAGCAAACCCAUUCGUUUUCCUGCUCCCAGCAUUGGCAAUGUUGUGGUACAAGGGGGGACACUAAGAGCUUCUGAGGCCUUUCCGGGUAACAGACAUCUCAUUGAAUUAUGGUCACCCAAUUCUGAAAAAAAUACUGACCCAAACAAUGUUGGAAUCAUCAACUAUGAGGAUAUCACCUUCCGGGACCUCCUCUUGGAUUCAAGUCUCCGAGGAGGUGGAAUCUACAUUAACGAUUCAGCUCGCAUCCGUAUCGACAAUUGUUUCUUCAUCCAUUUCACUACUCAAGGCAUCCGAGUAGAUAAUGGCCAUGAGACCUUCAUCUCUAGAUCUUUCCUUGGUCAGCGUUCGACGGUUGGUGGCGACAAAGGCGAGAAAUUUUUCUCCGGUACCGCCAUUGAUCUUGCUAGCAAUGAUAAUGCAGUCACUGAUGUUGCCAUUUUCUCGGCGGCAACCGGAAUUAUCUUACGCGGUCAGGCUAACAUUCUCACCGGGGUACAUUGUUACAAUAAAGCCACAGCCUUUGGUGGUAUAGGCAUUCUAGUGAAAUUGGGAGGGUUGUCCCAAACUAGGAUAGACAAUUGUUACUUAGACUACAAUGCUAUAGUUAUGGAAGACCCAGUUCAAGUCCAUGUCACUAAUGGAUUCUUCUUAGGAGAUGCUAAUAUUGUGUUAAAGUCCAUCAAGGGACAGAUAUCAGGAUUAAAUAUAUUGAAUAACAUGUUCACUGGGGACCCUAAAAAUAUGGUCCCUAUUGUGAAAUUGGAUGGGAAAUUCACAGACAUAGAUCAAGUUGUGAUUGAUCAGAACAAUGUAAAUGGCAUGAGAUUGAAGACGACAGUCGGAAAAUUGACAGUCGCCGGAAAGGGGUCUGAAUGGGUGGCCGAUUUCUCGUCAAUGUUGGUGUUUCCGAACAGGAUAAAUCAUUUCCAGUACACGUUCUACUCUCGAGGGAAAUCGGGUUUCAUGUCCCAUGCCAUCACAAAUAUAUCCAAUAAUGUGGUGAUUGUUAAGAGUAGAAAGGUGGUUGAUGGGGUGGUAUCAGUGGUGGUUGAUCAAGAUGCCGUGAAAGGAGAGAAGAAUUUCAUCGGGUAAAUAUUGUAAGCAUGGUGUGGAUUCUUUUUCAUGCUCUCUCACAAAAAAAAAAAAAAAAAAUAGACCCU